UAAAGGCCAUACCACAGAGCAUAAAACACCACUAGAGAGAGAGAGCUCGAGAGAGUGACAAGUACAAGAAGAAGAAAGGGUAGUUUUAGAGAGAGAAUGCCGAUCUCUAGAAUCGCAAUCGGCCGGGCCGAAGAGGCCACCCACCCUGAUGCCUUGAAGGCAGCCUUGGCUGAGUUCAUCUCCACCCUGAUCUUCGUCUUUGCCGGCGAAGGCUCUGGCAUGGCUUUCAACAAGCUUACUGACAAUGCAUCCACCACGCCGGCGGGGCUCGUUGCGGCGUCGUUGGCGCACGCCUUCGGACUAUUUGUCGCUGUGUCGGUCGGAGCGAAUAUUUCCGGUGGACAUGUGAACCCUGCUGUGACAUUUGGUGCCUUUGUGGGCGGCAACAUCACUCUGCUCCGCGGAAUCCUUUACUGGAUCGCCCAGCUCCUUGGCGCUGUCGUCGCCUGUGGUCUCCUCAAGUUCGCCACCGGUGGACUGACCACCUCCGCCUUCGGCUUGUCGGGUGUCUCCGUUUGGAACGCAUUCGUGUUUGAGAUCGUUAUGACCUUCGGCCUCGUCUACACUGUGUACGCCACCGCAAUCGACCCAAAGAAGGGCAGCCUUGGUAUAAUCGCACCGAUCGCGAUCGGUUUCAUCGUAGGGGCUAACAUCUUGGCCGGUGGCGCCUUCACCGGUGCCUCCAUGAACCCCGCGGUCUCCUUCGGCCCCGCCGUCGUGAGCUGGUCAUGGGACUCCCACUGGGUGUACUGGGCUGGACCACUCAUCGGUGGUGGCCUCGCAGGGCUUAUUUACGAGACUGUAUUCAUCUCUCACACCCACGAGCAACUCCCCACCACCGACUACUAGGUCCCCAUCAAUGCUUUUCUUUCUUCUUUUAUUUCUCUGUGUUUUGUAUUGUUGCAGUGGUGCUUCUUCUUCUUCUCCUUCUCUUUUGUUUCACAUGACCUGUAAUUGGAGUUGUUAAUUAUGCGUGGUCCCUUUGUUUUCUGGAUCAUCACGAUUUGCAUUCGCAAUGUUGGGUUCGUUAUUUCCCGUGAUACUGUGUUCGAAAUCGCUCGUUA